GACGCUCUCAGAUCAGUCAGUGGCUUCAUGGAGUUAUGUACCUCUGAUCCGCCGCCAUGGAUUGCAAUCCGCGAUCACUCCUUUUCAUUUUACCUCUUUUAUUGUCCUGCGCUCUUCCUGCGUUUCCUAUCAUCUAUCCGCCUAAUGAAGUCAACCUGUUAGACUCCAAAGCAAGCCAAGGAGAGUUAGGAUGGAUUUCCUAUCCAUCGCAUGGGUGGAGGGAAAAUUGGGAGGAGAUCAGUGGGGUGGAUGAGCACUACACUCCCAUCAGGACUUUCCAGGUCUGCAACGUGAUGGAGUACAGCCAGAACAACUGGCUUCGCACCAACUGGAUCCCCCGUCAGUCAGCCCAGAAGAUCUACGUGGAGCUGAAGUUCACCCUGAGGGACUGCAACUCCAUCCCUUUGGUCCUGGGCACCUGCAAGGAGACCUUCAACCUCCUCUACCUAGAGACAGAUGAUGACCAGGGCAGUCACUUCAGGGAGCACCAGUUCUCAAAGAUUGACACCAUUGCUGCUGAUGAGAGUUUCACCCAAAUGGACCUUGGCGAUCGCAUCCUCAAACUCAACACAGAGGUGCGUGAGGUGGGUCCCAUGACCAAGAAGGGCUUCUACCUGGCGUUCCAGGAUGUGGGUGCCUGCGUAGCUUUAGUUUCAGUGAGGGUUUACUUUAAGAAGUGCCCACAAACAGUGAGGAAUCUGGCAUCCUUCCCUGAUACGGUGCCCAUGGACUCCCAGUCACUGGUGGAGGUCAAAGGCUCAUGCGUCAAUCAUUCCAAAGAGGAGGAGCCUCCCCGAAUGUACUGCAGCACAGAGGGGGAGUGGCUUGUGCCUAUUGGGAAGUGUCUAUGUAACCCGGGGUACGAGGAGAGGAGCAACACCUGCCAAAUGUGCAGGGUGGGCUUCUACAAAUCUACGCUCGGGAAUGCGGAGUGUGCAAAGUGUCCACCUCAUAGUUUCACUCACCAUGAGGGGUCGCUUCACUGCGGCUGUGAGAAGAACUACUUCCGUGCCGAGGGAGACCCCGCCUCUAUGGCCUGUACCCGCCCUCCUUCAGCUCCUCGAAAUGUGAUCUCUUCCAUCAACGAGACUUCAGUCAUACUUGAAUGGAGCUGGCCGGAGGACACUGGUGGCCGCAGGGACAUCACCUUCACUGUCCUCUGCAAAUGCUGCCGCGGUGGGGGUGGGAACGGCAGCAAUGGUGGUGCUCAGCGUUGUGAGCCUUGCCGAAGUAAUGUGCGAUUUCUACCGAGAUCCACGGGGCUCCACAACACCACGGUGACAGUGGGCGACCUGCUAGCCCACACCAACUACACAUUCGAGAUUGAGGCGCUGAAUGGUGUGUCAUCGCUGGCACCUAAGAUGAGGCAGUAUGCUGCUGUCACCAUUACCACCAACCAAGCCGCUCCCUCACCAGUAGCAGUGAUCAAAAAGGACAAGACGUCUCGAAACAGUGUCUCCCUGUUCUGGCAGGAGCCAGAAAGACCCAACGGCAUCAUCCUUGACUAUGAGAUCAAAUACUACGAAAAGGAGGAGCAGGAGACCAGCUACACCAUCCUUCGUGCUCGGGGUUGCAAUGUGACUCUGAAUGGUCUAAAGCCCAACACUGCCUACCUGCUGCAGAUCAGAGCUCGCACUGCUGCUGGAUACGGAGCCAGCAGCCCCAGUUUCCAGUUUGAGACCAGCCCCGACUCAGCCUUUUCCAUCUCCAGUGAGAGCAGCCAAGUCGUUUUGAUCGCCAUUUCCUCUGCUGUGGCCAUCAUCCUGCUCACUGUGCUGCUCUACGUCUUGAUUGGCAGGUUUUGUUGCCACAGCAAAUCCAAACAUCCUGAUGAGAAAAGGCUGCACUUUGGCAAUGGCCACUUGCGUCUGCCAGGUAUCAGGACCUACGUAGACCCCCACACAUAUGAAGACCCGAGCCAGGCUGUGCACGAGUUUGCCAAGGAGCUGGAUGCCUCCUGCAUCGCCAUUGAUAAAGUGGUGGGAGCAGGUGAGUUUGGCGAGGUGUGCAGCGGUCGUCUGAAGCUGCCCAGUAAGAAGGAGAUCUGUGUGGCCAUCAAGACUCUUAAAGGAGGAUACACAGACAAACAGAGGCGGGACUUCCUUGCUGAAGCAUCAAUCAUGGGACAAUUUGACCACCCCAACAUCAUCAGGCUGGAGGGUGUGGUAACGCGCAGUAAACCCGUCAUGAUUGUUACAGAGUACAUGGAAAAUGGAUCUCUGGACAGCUUCUUGAGAAAACACGAUGCACAGUUUACGGGCAUCCAGUUGGUUGGCAUGCUGCGUGGCAUCGCCUCGGGCAUGAAGUAUCUUUCAGACAUGGGUUAUGUUCACAGAGACCUGGCAGCACGAAACAUCCUGGUCAACAGCAAUCUGGUGUGUAAAGUGUCAGACUUCGGCUUGUCCCGAGUCCUGGAGGACGACCCGGAGGCUGCGUACACCACCAGGGGAGGUAAGAUUCCUAUCCGGUGGACAGCUCCAGAGGCUAUUGCCUACAGGAAGUUUACAUCAGCCAGUGAUGCUUGGAGUUAUGGCAUUGUGCUCUGGGAAGUGAUGUCAUAUGGGGAACGGCCUUACUGGGAGAUGUCCAAUCAAGAUGUCAUAAAGGCUGUAGAUGAGGGUUACCGCCUCCCACCACCCAUGGACUGCCCUGCUACCCUAUACCAACUGAUGUUGGACUGCUGGCAGAAGGAGAGGAACAACCGGCCUAAAUUUGAACAGAUAGUCAGCAUCCUGGAUAAACUCAUACGCAACCCCGGCAGCCUCAAAAUCACGGCCAACACCACGUCCAGGCCAGCCAACUUGUUGUUGGACAGGAGCAGUUCAGAUGUUCCCCCAGCAGGGACGAUGGGUGACUGGAUGGAUGGAAUGAGGACCUUGCCUUGCAAGGAGGCCUUCUCUGGGGUCAGCUACAGCUCUUGUGACACCCUGGCCAAAACCUCCACAGAGGAUUUGAAAAAGGUUGGCGUGACUAUCGUUGGACCGCAGAAGAAGAUCGUGAGCAGCCUCAAAGCCCUUGAAUCCCACACCAAGAAUGGCCCAGUACCUGUUUAA